CACCCUGGCUCCUUACGAAACAUCAAAACUUGUAUUCCUUAAAUACCCCUACCGCCUUACCGUAUUUACUAGUUCCGUCCUAAACCCCACACCUCUAUAUAAAACCCUUUACCCCUGUUCAUUUCUUCCUUCCACAAACACCAAAAUUUCUUCUGAUUUUCAUUUCGACCUUCAAACUUUGACACUCAAGCUCCGGAAUCUGACGUCAUCUUGCCGGAAACCGCUGCGAAGAUGGUGGAGGUCCCCAGAGCUAGAGGCGUCUCGUUUCCGAUCGUCUUCUCCGACGGCGAGACCGAGACCGAUAUCGGAAACGUCGUCGUUAACGAUGCCCUAGAGUUCAAGCUGUUCCUUUCGCUCCUGAGCAACAAGAUCGGAAUCUCGCCGCACCAGUUCACGGUCUUCCUCUCCUCGCCGGACACCCGUCGGCGAAUCCCCAUCACCGGCAAGGUCAACUUCGGAGCGAUUUCUCGCGAGAAGAACUGCUUCUUUCUCGUGGAGCUAAAGCGGUCGAGACGCGAGAAGCGGCGUUCCAAGAAUAGCCAGAUUCAACACCACCACCCCCAAGAUUUUCAAGAAAACGAGUACGACAACACGGCGUCGUUCGGAGCUCACAAUCCAGUCAACAAGAGCCUCAGUCUUGAGAACGUGAUGCUAUUGAGGCGGGGUAUGGAGAUCGAAAACGUCACCGGUUUGGGUUUUCCGUUUGCGGGUCGGGUCGAGUACGAGAAUCGGAUCAGGGAGUUGCAGAUGGAGAAGGAGAGAUAUUUGAUGAACAUGGGCCUGGGAAGAUCCGAUGGGUUUGGGCUUGGGCCGGGCCGGGGAGGUGGCGUAGCGGUGGUGUGCGAGGAGUGUUCAAGAGCUAAAGCGAUGGGGAGAGAAGUCGGAUUCCACUGGUGCGCUUACGACGCUGUGACUUUCGGGUUCAGGUCUCCGGCGGGUCCGAUUUCCCGACCCGCCAAAGGGUAAAGCUCAUCAAAAUCGGGGCUUUAUGGGGUUUUCCCUUUUUUGAUUUGCUGGACAUGUUGAUAUUGUGAACAGAGAGAGAAGAUGGUGAUAGUGAUUGAUAGUAUGCGGUUUGGUAUACGAUAAGGAAGGUAUACCUUACUAUGACAUAAUUUAUGGGUAUAUAAGAGAAAUCGAUGUCGUUUAGCUAGGAGCUGCCAUUGGCAAAGUUUGGAGGUGAAUCUUUAGGGCAUACGGGUCCUUUUUGUCUGAAGCCUGCAAUUGAAUUUGGGAACAUAUUCAGUGUGAGAAUUAAAUUAAGGGUAGUGGGAAUGGUUGUAGGGUUUUUGAAGAUUUCUUAGAAGGGUUGAUCUUUGAGUGUUUCCAAGCUGGAAUUGAAACUAAUGUGUAGUUGCUUGAAUAGGGAAAAAUAAAUUUCCUUUUUCAUGUUUGGGGAAGAGAUGGAAUUUUGGGGUGUGGUUUUGGUUUUGUCUCAUUUUGUAUUUUCCAUGGAUUAGUUUCCAAUUUCCAUCAAUAAUUAAUUCAUUGAUAUUGAAGGAUGGCGCUCCACAGUACC